UUAUUCAAAGAAAUAACAAUCGGAAUUUAAUACUUUAUUCAAGAGUUUUGGUAUGAAUAAAAGAGUGUUGGUGAGCUCCUCUCCCAGAAUGUCCUUCCACCUUUACAAGAUGCUUCAAUUUAUACUAUUCUGUAUGCUUAUUCUCUCUUAAACAAUAAACUACGGAGUAUAUGGAAAGUAUCUUUAAUCAAGGAACAUAAUUAUUCCACAUUAAAUUCCUACACAUGUACGUUAAUUCUCCUUAUUUCGGCCAGCUCAUGUGACACGUGCUUGAGUGACUUUCCAUAUUUGAAUAUUGACUCUCUAUAUUUGAACACGUCCAGCAGCAUGCGUCUAGAAGCAUCCAGAAUUGGGUUUGGAUAUCAGCCCAUGUGUGCGUAUUUACCUAACAAUCGUGGGCCGUUUUUGUUGUGACAUAAUCCGGGCCCAAACAUCCCCCUCCCUUCUUCCUCCUUCUCAGCCCGCCCCUCCCCACCCCUCUGUCUUCCUCUUCUCCAGCCCGCCAUACACGGCGGCGAUGAACCAGCCCAUGACGAGAGACUGUAGAGAAGGAAAUCAGGGAAGAGGCCGGUAAGGGAAUAGCCUUAUAGCCGGAGAGAGAGACGGCGACGACGGCGCCGCUACAGUCGCAUUCAGCUCCGGCCCAGCUGCAAGGGAUGAGAUCACGUCCAGACCAUGAAGAAAAUGUGCCGUUGAACCAACAUACGUACAGACAUUUGAGAGCUCUUGUUAAUUGGUCCCCUUGUAAGAAAAUGUUGAUUCAAUCCAUAAACGCUGAAAGGAUCACAAAAGUAGAGAGGAAGAUCGGAAGAGGAAGCAUACGUAUAGGAGGGAGAUUGGAGAAGAAAUUUGGGGCAGAACUGCGGAAGAAGAAAGGGGAAGAACGUGUGGUGGUGGGAAGAACAGAGGGAGAAGAAGGGUGCGUGGGCCAGAGGAAAAAAAAGAAAAGUAAAAAACGCAAAUUAUACCGUAUGACCUGCGCAUGAUGAGGAUGCUACACCCAUUCCCAAACGACGUAGUUUUAAGGCAGCAGCAAUCCAAGAUUAAAAAAUCAACGCACAGCAAUCCAAGAUUAAAAAAAGACAAUCGCCGUUAGGAGAGAGUAUCGACGAAGAAGGUCAUAACACUAUCUAUCGCCGGCGAGCUUGGGAGGAGGUGGCGGCGGCGCAACUCCUCGUCUUUGAGGCGGCGGUGCUCAGCUAUGAUGUCAGAUUUGAUUCAUAGGGCUCACCACUGAUAGAUGUGAGGCAGGCUGGUCAUCAAGUGGUCAAUCUCUUCUUCUUUCAUGUCCAGCAGUGUGCUCACGAUGAAGCCAA